GCUGAGCAUGCGCAGUGGCCGGGCCGCUGGGAGGCGUCUCCCGGGUGCGGAGCGGCGGCUGGGGGCCGGACCUUUGAAAGGUGAUGGCGGCAAUCACAGACUGCAGUAUUGUGAAGUCCUUAGAAAAGGAAUUUGAUACGAUAGAUUAUAGUCGGUGGGAGAGGACAGACAGGCAUAGAGUAAAACACAGUGAGCAAACUCCUUCACUUCCACCUAUCAAGUGGUUACCAGAAGCGCUAGGAAAUCGCUGGAAGUUUGUGAAGGAGGACAAGGCAAAAACAACAGCACGUCAUGCAACCCAAGAGCAAAAAAAGUCAGAAGCUCGGCUAUGUGCAGAGAAGUUUUGUUCCAAGAAAUGCAAUCAUCCCUGGCACAAAAGAAAAGUUUUAAGGGCAGAUGAUGCCUGCUACAUGGAAAUGAAGGAAAAAAUCAAUAUACUUAAGUACUUAAUAACAACAAAGAAGAAACAGAUGGAUGAGUACAAGAAAUAUAGCAAGAACCUCCUGGAUAUUAACAUGAAGCUGUCGGAGGAAUUGAAAGAGUUGGAUGAAAACACCAUGAAGGAAUCAAGAGCCCUGCUGAUUCAGUACGGCAAGUUUAGGAAAGGAAUUUCCGGUGUAGGUGAAUGGAAACGACAGGAGAUUGAAGCAGCAAAAGCUGACCUCAAAGACACUGAAAAAACAGUGAAACAAAAAUCUGAAGAGUUGUAUCGUCAAGUGGAAGAAGUUAACACAAGGGUUCGGAAUGCACAGUCAGAACUUCAUAUGUUGAAGGAAUUUAGAGACAAGGAGCUCCCUACGUUUGCAUUAAAGAUUACACAGCUGGAGAAAGAGAUCAAACAGCUCACACAAGAGCACCAGGAUGAAUUGGCUGAUGUGGAGGCGGUUACACUGGAACAAAGGAAAAGAAUGGAAAAUACAUUGAAAGAGAAGGAGCAGGAAGUAUUUCAGAAGAUCGCUAAGGAACAAAUCCAUUUCAUGUCCCCGGGAUUUCAGGAGCUAAUACUUCACAAUACAAUGAUGAAGAAGGAAAUAGAGAUUCACAUAGAGCUGAACAAAAAUAUGGAAAGGAAUAACUUGGACUUGCAGCGAAAUAUAUUGCACCUACUGAAAUCAAAGAAGGACUGCAGAGAGGAAAUCUUCACAGAUGUUUUCAAAAGACAGUCAAAGUGCACACCAGACAUGGAAGUUGUGUUGGAUAUCCCAAGAGAAGAGUGUCUUCCCAUUUAACACCAGAUCCUCGUGCUUUGAUGGGAAAUGGCUGGGAUGGAUGCAGCCUUUUUGUUUACUCACAUGUUAUAAAAUGAAGCUCUGUUAAUAAACAUCAUCUAGACUUACAAAAAGUACGGAGAUUUCCGAUAAAGGCUAAGCAACA